AUGAGUGCUUUAUUGUCGGCAGACGAUCUAAACGACUUUAUAUCUCCUGGUAUAGCCUGUAUCAAGCCUACAGUCACCGAAAAUCGAUCGCAAGAAGCUCUGGAGUAUGGAGAAGUCGAAAUCCAAAUCGAUGAAAAUGGAAAGCCUCUUGAGAUUUCCAAGAUAGAUGGUGCCACUAAGAACCUUUCGCCGGCCCAGAUUUCUCUUGCCGAUUGCCUCGCGUGUUCUGGAUGUAUAACUUCAGCAGAAGAGAUUUUGGUGGCACAGCAUUCACAUAACGAGUUGAUCAAAGCGCUUAAAGAAAAGAAGACGAAUAACAAAAUAUUCGUGGCCAGCAUAUCACACCAGGCCAGAGCUUCGCUAGCUACUGCUUACUACAUGAAGGUUUCGGAUAUAGACAGGCUUCUAGUGGACUUGUUGGUGAACCAAAUGGGGUUCACUUAUGUCGUGGGCACUGGGUUGGGCCGCAAACUCUCACUUAUUAACGAACUGCAGAGCGUUAUCGAGAGAAAAGAGCAUGGAUUCCAGGGACCAAUAUUGUCAUCUAUAUGCCCAGGAUGGGUCUUGUAUGCUGAAAAGACUCACCCUCAUGUUCUUCUGCGAAUAUCAGAUACAAAAUCACCGCAGCAAAUCACUGGUUGUUUGCUCAAGUCGUUGACGGCUCACCAGCUCGAGGUCGAAAGAGACCAAAUUUACCACUUGUCUAUCAUGCCUUGCUUCGAUAAAAAGUUGGAAAGUGCUAGACCGGAACAGGAUCCACUGUUGGUACUGAACGAUGUAGAUUGUGUGUUGACCCCGAAGGAACUUGUCACUCUACUUGACGAAUGCAAAGACAAAUUUUCGCUAACUUUUGAUGCAUUGUCACACUCCUCCGGUUCACUUACGGAUCUCUACCAAAGCUGUGCUCCAGCGAAUUGGCCAUAUGUCGAAUUGUCUUGGUCUAGUGAUUCCGGCUCGCUGUCAGGAGGCUACGGAUACAACUAUUUGCAACUUUUGCAACUGCAUUUAUGCUUACGAGACCCUCAGCAGUAUCAGCCACAGAAUUUUCGACUCGAAUCGGUGGCAGGGCGCAACAAAGACAUCUACGAGUUGCGCCUCGUGUACAAUGACAACCAGGUUGCAAGCUCAGCCAUAGUGAAUGGGUUCCGGAACAUUCAAAAUUUGGUGAGAAAACUUAAACCAACGUCCUCGACCACGACUACAAAAACCAACCCACUCGUCGCCCGACGUAAAGCAAGACUUUCCAGCAAGAGGUCGGAAUCUGGAGCUCAAGACGUUCAACAAGCAGACGCUUCCAAAUGUGACUACGUUGAAAUCAUGGCAUGUCCUAAUGGGUGUAUAAACGGCGGAGGUCAAAUUAAUCUGCCUACAGAUGAAGACCAGAAGCUUUGGGUUUCGAAAACUCUCACACGCUACGGCUCAAUUCCUAUGGUAGACCUUUCAUCAGACUCCAGCUUGACACUAGAAUUAAUGGCCUGGUGUCGUGAGUUCUGCAUAAACUACAACGUGCCCGAGUCUAGGUUGCUCAAAACAUGGUUCCAUGAAGUUGAGCAGCCAACAGACCAGGCAGCCAUCUUGGUUGGAUCCAAAUGGUAA